AUGGCUUACGCUACUCCCCUCACUACCACGAUCGAUAACCCUCGCUUGAGACUUCUCAACAAGCUCAAGGCCGGCGAGUACCCGCUCAUGACCUUCAUGGCCAUCCCCUCCAUCCGCCAGGCCCAGAUCGUUGCCUUGACCGGCGUCGACGGUAUCAUUAUUGAUUGUGAGCACGGUCACAUUGGUGACGAUGCUAUGCACAACUCUGUCGCUGCCAUUUCCGCCCUUGGUGUCUCUCCCGUCAUCCGAAUCCGUGGCCCUGCCCACGAUAUCCUCAAGCGUGCCCUCGAUACCGGUGCCCACGGUAUCAUGGUUCCCCAAAUCAACAAUGCUGAAGAGGCCGCACAAAUUGUCGCUUCCUCCAAGUUCCCUCCUCAGGGUGUUCGUGGCCAGGGUUCCGCUUUCCCCGCAAUUGCCCACGGCCUCACCACUCCUGAGUACAUGAAGUCCGCCAACGAGACCAUCAUCACCAUGAUUCAAAUAGAGACCCGUGCCGGUGUCGAGAACGUCGAUGCUAUCUGCGCUGUGCCCGGUGUGGACGUUGUCUUCAUUGGACCCAACGAUCUUGCCCAGUCCUUGCUUGGAUACACACCUGCUCGCGGUGACGAGCCUGAGUUUGUUGCUGCUAUUGAUAAGAUUAUUGCUGCUGCGCGCAAGCAUGGCAAGUGGGCUGCUCGCAUGGUUAACAAUGGUACAGUAGCCAAGGAGGCUCGGGAGCGUUACGAUACCGUCGCCAUUACUGGUGACACCAAGGCGAUUCAGAACUGGUACAUGGCAGAGUUUGAGAUUGCCCGUUCAUGA